AUGAUCAAGAUGAUGAUCACGGUGGUGACGGUCUUCAUGCUCAGUUGGCUGCCCCUGAACACCUACAUCUUGCUGUCGGAUUUGGACCCGGGCGUGAACAACUACGAACACAUCCGCUACGUCUACUUCAUCAUCCACUGGUUGGCCAUGAGCCACGCUUCGUACAACCCUCUCAUCUACUGUUGGAUGAAUGCGAAGUUCCGCGACGGUUUCUGCCAGCUGUUCCGGCGCUCUAAGCUCUGCUGGCCCGCCCGGCUGCGCCACCAGCGCCCGCUGCGCAAGGAGUCCGCCGCCGAGGUGGCCGCCCUGCGCCGCUGCAAUACGUACACCACGUACGUGAGCGUGCGCGCCGUGCCGGGAUCCAGCUAUCGCUUCACCAAGGACGCCGCGCAAACAAACGGCAAGCCCAAGCGCUACGAGGACUCCAGGGUUUAGUCAAAUCGCUCUACAGGGCUCGGAGAGAGCCACCGCAAAGCCAAUAUUGCCGGUGUUUGGUCAGUGUCUCUAAGGAGUGUCUCGUAGCAGUUACUGGUGCUGACGUUUUUCGAAGAGUUCACUUCGCCGACUCUCUUUUUUACAGCUUUGAGUCAUGCCUGGACCUUCCUUAAGAAAACAAUCGCAGAUGGUGGCUGCAUAAGCCAUUGCGACGUAUGUGCUUAGAGUGUGCGAGGUAGUGCACAACUCUUGUGACUGUAAAGACGCACGAACUUCUGUGUUUCUAAAGGCUGGUGCAUGGUGCGUCUCAUUGGUUCCGUGCUCCUGAAGAUACGCGUAGUGGUGUCGAG